GAUUAAUUUAAAAGCAAGACAGGAACUGGGACCUCUUUUUAAUUCAUGUCUCGUCUAUUCAACAAUAUUUUGGCAUUUAUUAUUCCUAUAAAACUAAGUGACUAUGACUUGAGCUUAUAUGCCAACUUGAUCCGAAGACACGGAGGCAUAGUCUGCAGUGACCAAAAGAGAUGUGAUAUCAUCUUUACGGCGCUCAAAUCACCAACUCGCAUUUCAAGACACACAAUAAACCAUCAAAUUCCGAUAGUGGAUGUAGAAUGGAUACAAAUAUGUGACAGGACGCAUAGCUUAUUACCUAUCGAAUCAUAUGUCAUCAAUAUAGGAAGCAAAACACUUUGGAAAGAACUACCCAAAAGGGUUCCAGAUGUAGUGAGUCAGUCGGAUAAUAUAUUGAAUUUAGAGUUUGCGGAUAUCCCACCAGAGAAAUUGAUUUUUGAAGAAAAAAAAGAUCCUCUGAUAACGUAUGAUGAAGAUGAAGAAGAGUUUGAUCACUCUUUGGCACCCGGUUUCAUCAAUACAAAAUAUGCCUGUUUUCGACCUACACCAUACGAACCACAGUUUAAUCGAAAGCUCAUUUCGCUCCUGUUGUUAAUCGAAAAGAAGCGUGAAUUAGCAGGAGAAGAUGUUCGAUCUCUUAGCUAUCGUCAAGCUAUUGCGGCUUUAAAGGCUUACCCGCGUCAAAUUCGAUCUGUAAGAGAAGCAGAAAAGAUUAUUGGAAUUGGUGCAAAAAUGAAAGAAAAUAUUAGACAGUUUUUGUUGAUUGGGACGAUAGAAGAGGCAGAAGAACUAAGGUAUAAUGAAGAGUUUCGGACGAUGAAACUAUUCAGCAGUGUGUUUGGCGUAGGAGCUGUUACAGCAAAGACUUGGUGGGAUAAAGGGUAUAGAACCUUACAACAGGUUCUCGAUUACGCCAAACUGACAUCAACAGUCAGACUGGGAAUUCAACUGUUUCCUCAUUUUUGUCAGCUGAUGAAUAGGACAGAUGUUGAAGAAGUGAUAGACAUUGUGAAGCAUGAACUUGCUCAGAUAGACACGGACGGUAUCGUUACGCCUGUAGGAGGUUAUAGGCGUGGUAAGCUCGAAAAUGCUGAUAUCGAUCUUAUCAUAUCCACACAUACGCAGUCGGCUGACGGACUUAUCAAGAAGCUAACUGAGAGGCUACGUCAACAAGGUUUCCUGAAGCAUAUAGUAUCCCAUACAGGAAAGACAGUAAAACACUCUUUCAGGGCCGAGCCGAUAUUAAAGAAUAACUUUAACGAUCUUGAGCUGUGUAUCUGUGCAGUCCUGCAGCCCUCCAAGGGUAUCUUCAGACAGGUAGACUUAGUUUUAGCAGAACCUGGUCAGUACGUAACAGCCGUCUUGGGCUGGACUGGGUCUCGCUAUUAUGAAAGAACCCUUCGCGAUUUCUCCAAAAAGGAAAAAUCGAUCACUAUUAACUGCCAAUCUGUUACUCUCGAAGACGGUGUAAAAAAGAAGAAGAUUUAUGUGGAGUCUGAGGAGGAACUAUACAGCAUUUUAGGAGUACCUCACUUGGACCCAAAAUUAAGAAAUUGCUAGAUUCCAUGUCCUAUUUUACAUUAAAAUGAUGAUAAUGAUACUCAUAGCUUUCUUUAUGAGACACUUGCCCGUUAUUCGCUUGAAACCUCGUGUGACCUUCCGGGGCUUCAAACAUAAAGUCAAAC